GCAGAGGCGGGGCCCUGAGCUUGGGGUCGCCGGUGGAGCCGUGCGGGCGGGCAGGCAGGGAUGAUGGCAGCAGCCUCAGGGGACGCGCGCAUGGUGCUGGUGUACGGAGGCAGAGGGGCGCUGGGCACCAAAUGUGUGCAGGCUUUCCGAGCCAAGGACUGGUGGGUUGCCAGCAUUGAUGUGGUAGAAAAUGAAGAAGCCAAUGCCAGUGUGAUUGUCAAAAUGACUGACUCCUUUACUGAGCAAGCUGACCAGGUGACUGCUGAUGUUGGGAAGCUUCUAGGUGAUAAGAAAGUGGAUGCAAUUCUUUGUGUGGCUGGAGGAUGGGCAGGAGGCAGUGCCAAAGCUAAAUCUCUCUUUAAAAAUUGUGACUUGAUGUGGAAACAGAGCAUGUGGACCUCGACCAUCUCCAGUCACCUUGCGACCAGACACCUCAAAGAAGGGGGCCUCCUGACUUUGGCCGGGGCCAAAGCAGCUUUGGACGGAACUCCAGGAAUGAUCGGCUACGGCAUGGCCAAGGGAGCCGUCCAUCAGCUGUGCCAGAGCCUGGCUGGGGAAAACAGUGGAAUGCCGCCUGGUUCUGCCGCCAUCGCCGUGCUUCCGGUGACCCUGGAUACGCCGAUGAACCGCAAGUCAAUGCCCGACGCGGACUUCAGCGCCUGGACCCCGUUAGAAUUUCUUGUUGAAACCUUUCACAACUGGAUCACAGGAAAAAACAGGCCAAGCUCAGGAAGCCUCAUCCAGGUGGUCACUACGGGAGGAAAGACUGAGCUAACACCAGCUUACUUUUAGUGUCGUCUCCGACCAGGCGCACCAGGGAAGAAAGAACUAACACGGCAUCCUCCCCUCUGCGUAGCUUUCUGACAGCCCCAUGUUGUCCAGCAAGUCCGUGAUCGGUGUUUCAUUCACUUAAUGUGUUCCCAUCUCCUUUCCAAAAGUAUCAGAUGUUCAUUAAAAUAAAUAAAGAAGGACUAAAGGGUGAA